UAAUUGCAGCACAAGAAGUGAACAAAAAAGAACAAAAAACAUCAGAAAUAAUGGGAGUAUUUUCAAAAAUAAAAACAAACAACUCAACAUUCUUUUCCAAAACCAAAUGUGAGGAUGGCCACAAUUGGUGGGUCAGCUUCGAGUUUUAUCCAUUUGCUGUCGGCGAGCGCCAUACCGUCUUUGAAGGACGUAUGUACAACCAACAUGGAUAUUGGAGUCAAUCAAAAGCUGUUGUUAAAUCUUUGAAUGAUGAAAUCGGAUCCGAAGACAACCUCCAGUCCGCGAUAACUUGCUCAGAAAAAUCCCGUUCCUUCGCUGAUGCUUUUAAGGAGGAAUUUCCAAACACCAAAAUUUUGAAAUUUGCCCAGCCAUGUCUUUCAGAAAUGGAUUCUGUUUCCGUUUUUAAUACACCUUUUCGAUAUAUUAAAGGAUACGAAAAACAACUCGCCGAACACGAACAUGUUCUUAUUGAAGAAUUCAUAGACGGCGAUUACAAAUUAUUUAUCGACAGUGAUGGCAUUCGACGUCAAGAAUCCGAACUUCUCGACACAUUUCUACAUUAUUCUUAUGUAGAAAGCAACGGCGACUUUCUUAUAUGCAAACUGGAAGGUGUAGAAAGAGAUAAGGAUAUAAAACUAUCCGGAGUCACUAUUCAUUCUCGAAAUAGAUCAUUUGGACCUUGUGACCAUGGCGAACAAGGUAUUCUAAACGUUUUUAAGAACCACAGAUGUAAUGAAAUCUGUAAGAACUGGCCAACACCAGCAUUUGGUCUUGUUCCAAGUGCACCAGUAAUAUCCGAAACUAAAAUCGACAUAAUGGACAUUCUCAAAAAUGAUGCGGCAGUAUUGUUUUCAAGCAAAACCGAUUUGGUUAGUCCUCCGCCGUACGAAAAUUUGAUAAAUGUAGAUAAUCGUAAGAUCGAAGACAGACCAAUGGUUCACGGACAGUGUAUCGACAAAGUAUGACCAAACACUUUACAUUUUUGACAUUUUUUCUAGAUUCUGAACUUUUAAUGUAUUUUAUUUUAUAUUUUUCAAAGUUAAUUUUACAUACUAAAUAUGUUUUAGAUGGCAAAAUGUGCAAAGUAAAUGCUUAUCAGUCUCAUUUGUUUCUCAGCCUACCACUUUAUUUUGGUCGGCACUUAAAGUUAACCAUCGAGGGACGUUAACCACCGAGGGUAGUAAUGAAUACGUCUCUCGAUGGUUAACUUUAAGUGCCGACCCUUUAUUUUACGUCAAUGGUGCUUUGUACAUGUACGUUAAUUUUUUUACAUUUUUUUGUGUAUUUAAAGAUCUAUCGAAUAUCAUUUUCGCUGUAGAAUCUCGCAAAUUUUAAAUGGCAGUUUAAUGUUAGGUCAUCUUUAUA